AGCUGCCGCCGUCGGGGUCCGCUCGCCUGCCUGCUCGCCCGCGGGUCCGUUUUGCAGCCCGCCUGCUGGGCAGGGCCGGCCCGGCCCGGCCAUGGAGUCCUACGACAUCAUCGCCAACCAGCCCGUGGUCAUCGACAACGGUUCGGGGGUGAUCAAGGCUGGCUUUGCAGGAGACCAGAUUCCCAAAUACUGUUUCCCAAACUAUGUCGGGCGCCCUAAGCACAUGCGGGUGAUGGCUGGAGCCCUGGAGGGGGACCUCUUCAUCGGACCAAAAGCAGAGGAGCACCGGGGGCUGCUGGCCAUCCGCUACCCCAUGGAGCACGGCGUGGUGCGGGACUGGAACGACAUGGAGCGCAUCUGGCAGUACGUCUACUCCAAGGACCAGCUGCAGACCUUCUCGGAGGAGCAUCCUGUUCUUCUUACGGAAGCUCCACUCAACCCAAGUAAGAACCGGGAGAAGGCAGCAGAGGUGUUCUUCGAGACCUUCAACGUGCCAGCCCUGUUUAUCUCCAUGCAGGCCGUGCUCAGCCUGUACGCAACAGGACGCACAACAGGAGUGGUUUUAGACUCGGGGGACGGGGUCACUCACGCUGUCCCCAUCUACGAGGGCUUUGCCAUGCCGCACUCCAUCGUGCGGGUGGACAUUGCCGGCCGCGACGUCUGCCGCUAUCUCCGGCUGCUGCUGCGCAAGGAAGGAGUUGACCUUCACACCUCAGCUGAGUUUGAGGUUGUCCGGACCAUCAAAGAGCGAGCCUGCUACCUGUCCAUCAACCCGCAGAAGGAUGAGGCUCUGGAGACAGAGAAGGUGCAGUACACCUUGCCAGAUGGCAGCACACUUGAUGUGGGGCCAGCGCGAUUCCGGGCCCCCGAGCUGCUGUUCCAGCCAGACCUCAUAGGGGAUGAGAGUGAGGGCCUCCACGAGGUGCUGGCCUUCGCCAUCCACAAGUCCGACAUGGACCUUCGCCGGAUCCUGUUCGCCAACAUUGUGCUUUCGGGGGGCUCCACGCUUUUCAAAGGCUUUGGCGACCGAUUACUAAGUGAAGUGAAGAAGCUUGCCCCAAAGGAUGUCAAAAUCAAGAUCUCGGCCCCUCAAGAACGGCUGUACUCCACGUGGAUCGGUGGCUCCAUCCUGGCCUCCCUGGACACUUUUAAGAAGAUGUGGGUAUCCAAAAAGGAGUAUGAAGAGGAUGGCUCCCGUGCUAUUCAUCGUAAAACUUUCUAGUGCCCAAGAAGGAGGGUGUAGCGUGUUGGGAGAAUGGGAGGAAAGGGGAGCCAGAGCCCUUAACCUUGCUGGUUUGGGCUCACAUUCUAGGCCUUAGGGUCCCCUGCAUGCCCUGAACCCUGGGCAGGUGGUGCAGCUGUGCUUCCUUGCAGCCCUCCCUCCACACGCACGCA